UUUGCGCGAAUGGAUUUUUAUCUGCAUUAAAUAAUAUGCCUGAACAAACGAAAUGUGAAAUAUUUGGUUGCAUACUUGGCCCAGCUGUAGAAGUAUAUCUUGGUUGGAGAGCAAUAUGUUCAGUAUUUAAUUUUAGCAGUGGAGUAUUAUUUUGUAUUCUUCUCUACAAAUCCAACAAAAAAUUUAUGUUGGGAGGUAAUUUACAACAGCCAUUUCCUGCUACAGCUUUAGUAAUUAAUGAACAACGUAAAAAGCAGCAAACAAAAAAUAAUAAAUUAACAAUGAUUGCAAUUGUUAAUGAAUUUUUUCUUGCAUUUAUUCCUCAUUUUGGACCAUUUUUAUGGGAAAAAAUGUUCGGUCCCGGUUCUUCAAUGGGCACUGGACCUCUUAGUGAAUUUAUGAGUGGAUUAGAAGUUUUUAUUUUUGCUUCAGUAUUUUCUUCAGUGUUAAACUCGAAUACUUCCAAUAUAAAAUCAACAACACAAACAUUACGUGAAGAAAAAACAAAACAAAAUAUUGGACAAAUUAGACCUUCAGUAUUUUCAAUUCAAAGUGGUUGGACUGGGGGAGGACAAAAUGGAGGAGUAAAUAAUAAUAAUAUUAUUAGAGGAAGUUUUAAUAGAGUAAAUACUCCACUACCUCCAAUUAAUAAUAAUGAAAGGCAACAAAUUAAUAAAUUAAGACCUAUGCAUCAAAGUUUAUCAGCUGGAGUUAUUAUGACCUCAUAA